AUGGAACAAGUUAAAAACGAAAAUUUCAAGCUCCCGAGUAUGAUCAUGUGUGGAGACCAUUCCUCCUUCACCAAGACGGAGUUGAACGCGAAGGAACCGAAGCCUGAAGAAGCUGACAAGAUUAGGGAGAAGAGCUCCACGUCGUGUGCGAAACUAUCGCCCACACCGUCCCGCAGCGAGCGCGCGGGCGGCGGGGGGCCGGCGCGCUCAGCGUCAGAGCACGCGCUGCGCCUGUUGCGGGCCGGCCGACGCGCGCGCUCUACCGACCUUGUGCACAGCACCGGGGCCGCGAUAAGCAACGGGGCCCUCAUACAAGCGGCGGCGGGCAGCGGGCGCUGGCCCCCCUACCUGCUGGCAGUGUGCGCGCUCGUGGUGCUGCUCACGCACGCGCUGCACGCGCUCGUCGCCGCGCUCGACGCCGCGCUGCCCGCUCUCAGGAACGCGUGCCAGUACUUCCGUAAGUGGACCGAGGAGUGGUGGCGGCGGCAGGACGAGCCGCGGCUGUACCCGGCCGGCCUGGCCCUGCUCACCGCCGCGCUGUACGCGCUGUACCUCGCCCUGUACGCGCUGCACGCGCUGGCGCUGUGGGCCGUGGAGCCCCUCUCCGCCGACGAGAGGCAGGGCUGCGCAGACACUCUCACCGACCGCCCGAGUACAAGCUUGUGAGAUUUCAACAUGGGUUCUAUUUGUUACUAAAUUUUUGUUGUAGUAUUUUCCGUUUUCAUUGAAUAAAGAAAAUUCAAAAAGGUUACAUUUAAUAACUUUAUUGUCAACCUAUGUCCCUCCCCACUUCAUCCCACUCCCCGUACUUAUCCCGUACUAAUACAUAGCAUUUAGCGGAUGGAGUCAUUGUAUGUGUAUACUACAGCGAUGGUCAUAUAAUUAAGAAUGCUUAUUACGAAAAAUGACUGUAGACCGUGAAGCAGUUUACCACGUACUGAAACUGCUUUAAAUG